AUGAAAGGCUGGAGUCAUGUACAAGAAGAGCGUCAAGCUCGAAGGGCGAGUGGUUUGCUGAAGGAAGAGCUUAUAAAUUGUAAUCCUCACGAAUUCCUUUCUAGCCAAGUAAAGACUUUUUAUUUGCCUCCAUUUUUAAAAACGCUAUCUAUUCAGUCAACUCAUUUAUCUUAUGAAGCCUUAGCUAAAAAAAGUACGAAUAGACUGCUGGAAACGUGUGCACUUUCAGCUUCUCGGAUCAGCAGUUUACAAUUCAAAGCUGCUGCCGAAUCAAUAUUUAAGGCUGUUCAAGAUAAUGAAUUGGCACAAUUAUUUUUAAAUUUCUUUGGAGCAGCUCCAUUCAUAAUUUUGUUCUCCGCAAAGGACAGCGAAAUUGUUUCUAAAAUCAAUGCUAUCGUUAAUGAAUUGGAGCUACAAGCAUACACGAGUGCAGAGGGCGUUGAAACUUUCCUCAGGAAAACAUUGCUUGAAAAAGUCGGAAAUGACUUUGAGUGGCUAAAAAUAUAUAGUCUUAUUUUACUACAGUCAGACAGAUAUUUUACUAGAGUCCUUAGCACGAAUAACUUUCUUUAUAUCUUUGAAUUUAAUAACUACAUUGAAAAAAAUUCGUCAGAACUAAAUAAUUAUGCAAACUAUUUCUUUGGAAACUAUUUAUCCCAACUCUGUAACUUCCAGCCACCCGAGCAGUACACCAAAACAUUAAAGUUAGCUGUAUAUGAUAUCAUAGACUUACACGAGUUUGCAAACUACCAGUAUAUGCUGCCUGUAACGAUUAUAAACAUGUUGAUAGUUAUUGUCUUCUCCGCUUUGGUCUUUUGGUUUAGGCAUGAAGUUGAAAUAGCUUCAAGACAUAGCGCUUUUCUAUUUCAGUUUUUUAUCUCCGUCAAUAUUACCUCGUUCUUAGUUUUAGCCAUAGGUUGCUCAAUCGGCCACAGGAAUAAAUGUAAAAUAUACUCUACCGGCAAGAAUAUUAACUAGCUUUUCGUGGAUCUUUUUUUUUUCUACUCUCUCAGCAAUAAACUGCCGUCAAAGGUUGAUGUAUAUGUUGUUUAACCGACCACCUGGAAGUUUUUCUUACUUUCUCCCGUGGACUUAUCAUAUUUUGAUUAUUGCAUUAAGUGUACUCUUC